UGCAACGGUUGCCAGGAGGCGAGUGGUGGUUACCAGGGGCCAGGACUGGAGACGUAGUGUAGUCAGCGGCGGGCCAGCGACAUGACGAGCGUGUUAGCGCAGCAGGACAGCAGCGGCACGUACACCUUCUCCAGCCGCCCCCGGGCCCUGCAGGGGAGGAAGAAAUACCGGCAGGAGGAGCAAUGUACAACAACCUAUUACGGAAACAUCAUGUACGACAGAAGGGUGGUGCGAGGAAACACUUAUGCACAGCACACACUCCCUUUGACAGCCCAGCCUGACCCUAUUGAGAUCCAGCGACAGCAAGAAAUACAGAGGAGGGCAGUUGCCAGGAGACGAGCCAAAGCACAGUUACAAACCACAACUCCACUCCCUCUAGAGGGCAGGAUACACACCGAGGUACAAACAGAAUUGUACCUGGAAGAACUCAGCGAUCGAAUAGAGGAAGUCGAUGUUGAUACUCAAACAGAUGCAUUUUUGGAUAAACCUCCAACACCCCUUUUUAUCCCUGGGAAAUCAGGCAAGGAUGUGGCCACACAGAUCGAAGAUGGAGAGCUCUUUGACUUUGACAUUGAAGUGAAACCAAUGUUGGAAGUGCUGGUGGGGAAAACCAUUGAACAAGCUCUUCUGGAGGUUUUGGAAGAGGAAGAGUUGGCGAAUCUGCAUGCUCUCCAACGUGACUUUGAGGAGAUUCGCAAUGCAGAGCUUGCAGAGGUACAACGCAUGGAAGAAAGGGAGAGACGUUACAGGGAGGAAAAGAAACGCCGCAUGUUACAGCAGCAAGAAGUGUUAAAGAAAGAGAAAGAAACUUCAGAGAAGAUUGCAGCACGUGCAUUUGCCCAAAAUUAUUUGGCUGAUCUAAUUCCCACAGUCUUCAGUACUCUUCGGGAUAAUGGCUACUUCUAUGACCCUGUGGAGAGAGAUGUGGAGAAUGUAUUCCUGCCGUGGCUGAUGGGAGAGGUAAAGAAAUCGAUCGAGAAGAAAAUUUUGGGAAGGACAAUGUUGGACAUACUUCUUCGCGAUGUGGCAAAAACCAGAAACCAGUUGUUCAGACAGAUGGAAACUCAGAGAACAGCAAAGGAGUAAUGAGACAAGACACAUAUUUGGUAAUGAAGGAAUGGCAGAAAUUUGAGAUUCUCUGUUUGCUAAACAGUUCUUUUUGAUUAAUAAACUAUAAAACUGUGAUGAAAAUAGAA